AUGAUUUUAGGAACAGAAGUUACAACUGCUCAAUACUUUGAAAGAGCUACAACUGCUGAUGUACUUGGAAGAUAUGAUGUUAGGCUAGUUGGUGGUAAUUAUAAUUGGGAAGGACGUGUUGAGAUAUAUCAUAAUGGAGCCUGGGGAACUAUUUGUGAUGACGACUUUGACACACACGACGCUAAAGUUAUAUGUGCAAUGUUGGGAUACAACAGAUAUGGUUGUGUUAUAAUUUUAGGAACAGAAGUUACAACUGUUCAAUACUUUAACAGAGCUACAACUGCUGACGUACUUGGCAGUCAUGACUCGUUAACCACCGAGGAAACAGUCACAAAGCCUCUUCAUUCAGAUGUGAGGCUAGUUGGUGGUAAUUAUUAUUGGGAAGGACGUGUUGAGAUAUAUCAUAAUGGAGUCUGGGGAACUAUUUGUGAUGACGACUUUGACACAAACGAAGCUAAAGUAAUAUGUGCAAUGUUGGGGUACAACAGAUAUGGGUAA